GAAAGCAACUGCAUUAUGCUCAACGUUUUUAUUAUUCACGUUCAUAAAAUUUUCAUGGGGAAACCCAUUGCACCUUCCGUUGGGACCAGUUUUACCGACAAAUAUGUCGUCAUACAUAAAAGAAUUAACCCAAAUAAGUAAUGUGCACGAUAUGAUUAUGUUUCACAAAUACCCCGCAGAGACGCAUUUUGUACAAACUGCAGAUGGCUAUAUAUUAGAGUUGAAUCGCAUAACUAGAAAUGGAGGACGUCCUGUUUUAUUUGUGCACGGUUUACAAGGCUCUGCAAUGACUUGGGUUAUGAUGGGACCUUCAGCGAGCUUGCCAUAUAUGUUGUAUAAUCAAGGUUACGACAUUUGGUUGGCAAAUGUAAGAGGUUGUGUCUUCUCGAGGCAACAUAUAAAAUAUGAUCCGAACUUGGAUCCAAUUUAUUGGCAAUUUAGUUGGCAUGAGAUUGGCAUGUAUGACUUGCCAGCUAUUAUUGAUUAUGUGCUUUAUAAAACUGAUGCAAAACAAUUAACCUAUUUUGGGCAUUCACAAGGUGGUACGGCUUUCUUUGUGAUGGCAUCUAUCUUGCCGGAAUACAAUAAUAAAAUUAAUUUAAUGCAUGCACUUACGCCUGCUGUUUAUCUAUCACAUAUGAGAACUUCAUAUAGAAUUAUGGGAGAAAAACUUUUUCAGUCUACAGGUUUCCCAUUUCUAGGUGAACUUAAUAUGCCUGCUGGGCGAUUAUGUUUAAUCAGUAGUGUAGUCCUAUCUACUUGCCUCAAUGUUAUUGAUGAAAUGUUAGGGCCUAACAUUGAAAACAUAAAUCCGGAAAUGAUACCGGUUUUAUUUUCUCAUUUCCCUAGUGGUUCUGGUAUACGACAAGUAGCUCAUUUCUUUCAAGUUUAUAAAACCGGUGUAUUUGCUCCAUUUGAUGAAGGUUUUUGGUUAAAUAAUACAAACCAUCCUUCACCUUAUCCUUUGCGUAAUGUUAAAGCUCCUGUUGCUUUGUAUUAUUGUAAGAAUGACUUUUUAAUUGGUGUUGAGGAUAUGCAACGCUUGGCUCGAGAACUUCCUAAUGUCGUAGAAAAUUAUCUGGUGCCUCUAGAAAAAUGGAAUCACAUGGAUCCUAUUAUAGGUUCAGAUGCAAAAAUCAUUUUAUAUGAUAAAAUUAUACAAGUACAGAAAAAACUAAUUGACUUAUAG